AUGAAGAGGCACACCAGAACUACAGUCACAAAAGACUAAGUACAAGUUCAAAGAUCUGUCCAAACACUGCUACGUCCAGUUUGACUGAAACUCUCUGAAGAAAACAACCUCCGGCGGAUAAAUACCAGACACGGUUCAGCAUGGACGUGCCAGACGUGAGAAAAAUAAUGACCAUACCAUGCCUAUUGUCCACUGAACUACCACUGAUGGCAAUACCUAUUGCUCAGAUUGUUAUAGGAGCCAUGUAUCUAAACGAGUGUCCUAAGCAGCACUACAUUCCUGUGUACCUGGUGGUAUGUGGAGUGUUUGGUAUAGUAAUUAGCCUGCUCAGUUGCCUGUCCUGUCAGAAUGUAAUCUGCACCUGCAUUAAUGGCCUGAUUUCUACAUUCACGGUCUGCUGGUUCAUCAGUGGCAGUGUGUGGAUCUACUCCAUCUAUCCUCCCAACUACAAUUCAACCCUGCCUGGAGAGCCGUACUGCAAUAAGACCCUCUACCAGUUUGCCUUCUGGACCACCACAGUGGGUUACAUUGUAAUAGCAGUAUCGUUGGUGCUCGGGUGCUGUUUCCUCAUUGGUUUGUGUGUGCAUGCUUGUAGAAAGUGAUGAGCAUCAGUACCCUUGUAAAACCCUCAUGAAUACCCACCCAACCCCACACCAUAAAAGCACAUUAAAAUUUACAUUGUUUUUUUUUGCUAACAGCCCGGUUAAAACAAGUAUGUCAUGCAGAAGUCUUGAUUGGGCUGGAGUGCGAUGCCAAAUGUUUGUCCAAGCUGGAUUACACCCUCUUGUGAUUUAAGCUACCUCAAACUUUUUUUUUUUUUUACAGAAUUUUUUGUCCAGAAAUCCAAUAAAGUGUUGCUGCUGCUGAAACCAGUUCUAACAUUAGAGUGAACAAUGUAAUAUUACCUGAAAUAAUUAUUUUAUAUAAAUUAUUCUACUUUUUAACUUGUUCAUUGUUAAUGCCAAAUAUUCAGAACAAUCCUAAAAUUAGGUACUUGGCUGAGGUUUUUAACAAGUACAAAGACUCACAGUGCUAUUUUGACUAGUGUCAUUGGUUUGCUGCCCUGCAAUACAAAAGUUCUUUUAAUGAGAGACGUCCCAAGGUCCCCCAUCUAUACAUAGACAUCACUAUGCUAAAGCACCACCAACUCUGCCCUUUAUCAACCAAAAUGCCCUUUUUUAAAAUAUUAUUAUUAUUAAGAUUUUACUGAGGCCGGUUUGAAAGGAUGUUUUGAAAACCUUAGCGAUUAAAAACGAGUGAAAACAGAAUGCCCUGAAACCAGCUCGCACACACCUGACCUCUCUCUUCCUCUGUCACGUGACCCCGCGCGGCAGCGCGCAAGGCACUAGAUAAAAAUGUGUAUGUUACCACCAGCCAGGUAACAUACACAUCAAAUAAAAUCCUACCGUUUGCCCUCUAAGCCCAACGUGAAAUCAUUUUGUUGUGCAGUAAAAUGUCUCAUACAGCACCACCACCACCCUGGUCACCCUAGUUCAUUAGUUCAGCGACGGAUUGGUGAGCAUCUUUCAGUAGUUCACACUACGCAACUGAGCGAGCGCAGAGAGAUCCCCAAUUUCCCUUAGAGCAGAGUUUCUGGGCUAAAAUCAUAGCGUGAACUUGGCAUUACUGGAAGUUUUUUUUUUUUUUAUUAUAUUUUUUGUUGUUGAUCUUUGUGCCUUCAGUGUACGUCACAUUGCUGGAAAUGUUUUCUGAAAGUAUUAGUUUCAGUUUAUUAAGGGGUAUAGAAAUUUAAUAGGCUAACUUUGUUUUCAAGACUAAACUAAUUGAUGUUGGAUGUCUUGUUU